UGGUUACCUGGCAGCCACCUGAGAAGGAUAUAACGGGCAUGUAGCACCACCAACAUGUUUAAUCGCGCAUUCUCUGCCCUAGCUUCGGCCGUUCGCCCUCGCCGGGUCAUCAACAUCACGAUCCGGUGGGUCAUACCGCCACCCAAUGAUCCCGCUAGGGUAGAAAGCGUGGAACGCUUUGUGAUUGAUGCAGCCCUGCAGCGAGGUGCCGACUUCGUGGUUAUUCGGUGAGCACGGCCGCCCGCCGGUUGUGACAGAGACCGGCUCAAGCGGUAACUCCUCUUCAGGCACCCCGAUCAUAAAACUACGAGGGCUGCGGGUAAGACAGUCAAGACUCUGAAUCAUAUCACCGCUGAUCUGGUGAAUGGUAAGUUGUGCCUGGGUUCAG